CGCCCCGCCCCGGCUCGGGCGGCCGGAGGACCCGGAGCGGAGGCGCGGGAACCCGAGCCCGCGGCGGCGGCGGCGGGUACGAUGUGGUUCUUCGCCCGGGACCCGGUCCGGGACUUCCCGUUCGAGCUCAGCCCGGAGUCCCCCGAGGGCGGCCCGCCCGGGCUCUGGGCCCUGCACCGCGGCCGCAAGAAGGCCACAGGCAGCCCGGUGUCCAUCUUCGUGUAUGACGUGAAGCCCGGCGCCGAAGAGCAGACCCAGGUAGCCAAAGCUGCCUUCAAGCGCCUCAAAACCCUCCGGCACCCCAACAUCCUGGCCUACAUCGACGGGCUGGAGACAGACAAAUGCCUCCACGUAGUGACAGAGGCCGUGACCCCACUGGGGAUGUACCUCAAGGCGCGAGUGGAGGCCGGUGACCUGAAGGAGCUGGAACUCUCCUGGGGACUGCACCAGAUCGUGAAAGCCCUCAGCUUCCUGGUCAACGACUGCAGCCUUAUCCACAACAAUGUCUGCAUGGCGGCUGUGUUCGUGGACCGCGCAGGCGAGUGGAAGCUCGGGGGCCUGGACUACAUGUACUCGGCCCAAGGCGACAGCAGUGGGCCCCCCCGCAAGGGGGUCCCUGAGCUUGAGCAGUACGACCCCCCGGAGUUGGCCGACAGCAGUGGCAGAGCGGUCGGGGAGAAGUGGUCAGCAGACAUGUGGCGCCUGGGCUGCCUCAUCUGGGAGGUCUUCAAUGGGCCCCUGCCGCGGGCGGCCGCCCUGCGGAACCCUGGGAAGAUCCCCAAAUCUCUGGUGCCCCAUUACUGUGAGCUGGUUGGGGCCAACCCCAAGGUGCGUCCCAACCCGGCCCGCUUCCUGCAGAACUGCCAGGCCCCCGGUGGCUUCUUGAACAACCGCUUCGUGGAGACCAACCUCUUCCUGGAAGAGAUUCAGAUCAAAGAGCCGGCCGAGAAGCAAAAGUUCUUCCAAGAGCUGAGCAAGAGUCUAGACUCGUUCCCAGAGGAUUUCUGCCGGCACAAGGUGCUGCCCCAGCUGCUGACCGCCUUCGAGUUUGGCAGCGCCGGGGCUGUUGUCCUCACGCCCCUUUUCAAGGUGGGCAAGUGCCUCAGUGCCGAGGAGUACCAGCAGAAGAUCAUCCCUGUCGUGGUCAAGAUGUUCUCUUCCACCGACCGGGCCAUGCGCAUCCGCCUUCUGCAGCAGAUGGAGCAGUUCAUUCAGUACCUCGAUGAGCCAACAGUCAACACCCAGAUCUUCCCUCACGUUGUCCACGGCUUCCUGGACACCAACCCCGCCAUCCGGGAGCAGACGGUCAAGUCCAUGCUGCUCCUGGCCCCGAAGCUGAACGAAGCCAACCUCAACGUGGAGCUGAUGAAGCACUUUGCACGGCUGCAGGCCAAGGACGACCAAGGUCCCAUCCGCUGCAACACCACCGUCUGCCUGGGCAAAAUCGGGUCCUACCUCAGUGCCAGCACCAGACACAGGGUCCUCACCUCCGCCUUCAGCCGGGCCACUAAGGACCCAUUUGCACCAUCUCGGGUCGCGGGUGUCCUGGGCUUUGCUGCCACCCACAACCUCUACUCGAUGAGCGACUGUGCUGUCAAGAUCCUGCCCGUGCUCUGUAGCCUCACUGUGGACCCUGAAAAAUCUGUGCGGGACCAGGCCUUCAAGGCCAUCCGAAGCUUUCUGUCCAAACUGGAGUCUGUGUCAGAGGAUCCCACCCAGCUGGCAGAAGUGGAGAAGGAUGUCCAUGCAGCCUCCAGCCCUGGGACUGGAGGAACCGCGGCCAGCUGGGCAGGCUGGGCCGUGACAGGGGUCUCCUCACUCACCUCCAAGCUGAUCCGUGCACACCCCACAACUUCCUCCUCUGAGACCAAUGCUCCUCAGAGGCCCACACCCGAGGGACUUCCAGCCCCGGCCCCCCCCCCCGGCCCCACCGCCCCCACACCCUCAGGCCACUGGGAGACGCAGGAGGAGGGCAAGGACACAGCAGACAACAGCUCUGCUGACAGAUGGGACGAUGAAGACUGGGGUAGCCUGGAGCAGGAGGCCGAGUCUGCGCUGGCCCAACAGGAGGACUGGGGCGCUGGGGGCCACGCCAGCCUGGUGCAGGCCAGCAGCCCCGCCCACAAGCCCGAGUCGGACUGGAGCAGCUGGGAGGCCGAGGGCUCCUGGGAUCAGAGCUGGCAGGAGCCGAGCCCCCCGGAGCCGCCCGCCGAAGGCACGCGGCCGGCCAGCGAGUAUAACUGGGGCGGCCCGGAACCCAGCGACAAGGGCGACCCCUUCGCCGCCCUGGCCACACGUCGGGAGACCGGCACCCAGCCGAGGCGGGACUCGUGGGGCGACGACAACUGGGAGGGCCUGGAGACCGAGAGCCGACAGGCGAAGGCGGAGCUGGCGCGGAAGAAGCGAGAGGAGAGGCGGCGAGAGAUGGAGACCAAGCGCGCCGAGAGGAGGGCGGCCAAGGGCCCCAUGAAGCUGGGCGCCCGGAAGCUGGACUGAGCCGCCGGAGCGGGCGCCUCCCGGCAGCGGAGAGCAGGCCCCGCGGCUGUAUUUAUUGUACAAACCAUGUGAGCCCGGCCCGCCCGGCCAGGCACAUCUUGCGUGUACAUAAUCAGAGCCACAAUAAAUUCUAUUUCACAU